AUGAGCAACACCGAAUGGAAUGACCCCGAGGCCAACGUCUUGCCAGAGAAGAUAGAAGAGAUGGAGGCGAAUGGGGAGAUUCCCAAGAAUGCUAAGAGGAUGAGGGUUGUGGUGGUUGGGCUGGGAAUGGUCGGCAUAGCAUUCAUUGAGAAGCUGCUCAAGCUCGACGCAAAGAGGCAGGAGUAUGAAGUGAUAGUGAUUGGUGAAGAACCACAUCUGGCAUAUAACAGGGUUGGAUUGACGAGCUUCUUCCAACACCGAGAGGUCGAGAAUCUCUACCUCAACCCGGCAUCCUGGUAUGCAUCAAUGCCGAAGGGAUCACUUUCUUACCAUCUCAAUACAUUGGUCACUUUGGUCGAUACGGAGAAGAAGACUGUGGAGACUGCGAAAGGAGAUACUGUUCCCUACGACAUUCUCGUGCUUGCGACUGGUUCGAAUGCGGUGCUACCGAGACACACUCCAGGCCACGAUGCCACCGGUGUUUUUGUAUACCGAACGAUAGAAGACCUGCAAAAGUUAAUCGAAUUCUCGGCGUCGAAGAAGGACACUGUUGGUGCUGUGGUUGGGGGUGGACUUCUCGGUCUUGAAGCUGCCAAAGCCAUGAUGGACCUCGAGCAGUACAGCAAAGUCAAACUCAUUGAGAGGAAUAGAUGGGUGCUCAGCCGGCAGCUAGACGGCGAUGCUGGAAGCAUGGUCGUCGAUCAGGUUCAGAAACUUGGUCUUGAUGUGCUUCUCAGCAAACGAGUGGGGAAGAUCAAGACAGACGACAACAACAGCGUCAUUGGUGUGGUCUUUGAGGAUGGCGAAGAGAUGGACUGCUCGACGAUAUGUUUUGCAAUUGGCAUCAAAGCACGAGAUGAGCUGGCUCGGAAGUCAGGAAUCAAGUGCGCUGAUCGAUCUGGCGGGAUCAUCGUCGACACCGACCUGGCUACCUCUGCGAAGGACGUCUACGCCAUUGGCGAAUGUGCCAGCUGGGAGAGUCAAACUUUUGGCCUUAUCGCGCCUGGCAUUGAGAUGGCCGAUGUCUUGGCCUUUAACCUCACACAAGCGAAAGCGCAUACCCCUCGAAAGUUCAAGCGACCAGAUUUGAGCACGAAAUUGAAGCUCCUUGGUGUCGAAGUCGCCAGCUUUGGUGACUUCUUUGCCGACCGUGAUGGACCAAAAGAACUUCCCGUCAAGCGCCACGGCAAGAAGGAGGGCACGCAGGGCGCGACCGAUAAAGUCAAGAGUCUCACUGAUGGUCCACCGCCGUCGCCUGUGAAAGCUUUGACAUACAAAGACCCAUUUCAGCAGAUCUACAAGAAGUACCUGUUCACCAUGGAUGGCAAGUACCUCCUCGGCGGCAUGAUGAUCGGCGAUACCAAAGACUACAUCAAGCUGGUCCCCAUGGUGCAAAAGCAAAAGCCGCUCGAGGUCCCUCCAUCAGAGUUCAUCGUUGGCAAGCAGUCCGGCGACGAUGAUGCUGACGAUUUAGACGACGACACUCAAAUCUGCUCAUGUCACAACGUCACCAAAGGCGGUGUUGCUCAAGUCAUCAAGGACGGUAGCUGCAAGUCAAUAGGCGAUGUGAAGUCCUGCACCAAGGCUGGCACAGGUUGCGGUGGUUGUAUGCCUCUUGUGCAGACGAUCUUCAACAAGACGAUGGCUUCGAUGGGCGUUGAAGUGAAGAACCAUUUGUGUCCACACUUCGAAUACUCUCGUGCCGACCUCUUCAACAUUGUCUACAUCAAGAAACUCCAAACAUUUGCCGACAUCAUGCGAGAAGCUGGCAAAGAGCCCAACUCAAGCGGCUGCGAGGCGUGUAAACCUGCGAUUGGAUCCAUCAUCGCCUCUUUAUACAACAAGCAUCUUCUGGACGACGAUCGGAGAGGUCUGCAAGACACAAACGACAGAUUCCUCGCCAAUAUUCAGCGCAACGGCACAUUCUCUGUCGUCCCUCGAGUCUCUGGUGGCGAGAUCACAGCCGAGAAACUCAUCGUCAUCGGCACAGUCGCAAAGAAGUUCGGCUUGUACUGCAAGAUCACGGGCGGUCAACGCAUUGACAUGUUUGGAGCGAAGAAGCACGACUUGCCGUACAUCUGGCAAGAACUUAUCGACGGUGGCAUGGAAUCUGGGCAUGCGUACGCAAAGAGCUUGCGAACAGUCAAGUCGUGCGUAGGGACGACCUGGUGCCGCUUCGGCAUUGGAGAUUCCGUAGGCAUGGCCGUCAGGCUGGAGGAGCGAUACAAGAGCAUUCGAUCGCCGCACAAAAUGAAGGGUGGUGUUUCCGGAUGCGUGCGUGAAUGUGCCGAAGCUCAAAACAAGGACUUCGGUCUCAUCGCCACAGACAAGGGGUUCAACAUUUUCGUCGGUGGAAACGGUGGUGCAAAGCCGAGACACAGCGAAAUGCUCGCCAAGGAUGUGCCUCCAGACGAUGUGAUCUCCAUCAUUGACCGGUAUCUGAUGUUCUACAUUCGAACGGCAGACAAGCUCCAGAGAACAGCACGCUGGAUCGAGAACCUCCCCGGUGGUAUAGAAUAUCUGCGCAAGGUGGUGCUUGAAGACAGUCUAGGCAUCUGUGUCGAACUGGAGAAGCAGAUGGAAGAACUCGUCGGCUCAUUUUUCUGCGAGUGGACUGAGACGUUGAAGAACCCCAAACGCAUGGAGAUCUUCAACCAAUUCGGCAACAGCAAAGACAGCCUGGAUGGAAUCGAAAAGGUCCAGGAACGAGAUCAAAGUCGACCCGCACACUGGCCAAAGGAGUCUGUCAAGGAGGACUUCAGAGGGGCUAAGUGGUCAUCACUAUCAUGGCAGCCUCUCGCGAGGUGCGAUCAGUUCAAUGACUCUCCCACAGGCUCCAGCGUCCCCGUCAAGCGUGGCGACACCCAACUUGCGAUCUUCAAGGUGAAGGGCAAGUACUACGCCACUCAACAGAUGUGUCCUCACAAACGAGCUUUCGUCCUUAGCGACGGCCUCAUUGGCGAAGACAUGAAAGCCAACAAGCUUUGGGUCAGCUGUCCCUUGCACAAGCGUAACUACUCCAUCAAUGGCGAAGAGGCUGGCAAAUGUGGCAACGACGAUCAAGUCAACAUCGCCACCUUCCCGGUCGAAGCUCGAGAAGAUGGAAUGGUAUAUGUGAAAUUGCCGCCAGUCGAAGAGCUGGAUGGCGUUCUGGGUACGGAGAAGUGGAAGGUGAAGAAAGAUGAGACGGAGACGGAGGGCACUUUCGAUGUCUUGGACAAGAAGUUCAAGAUGAAGGGUCGGAAACCCUUUGCAGCAAGCCAUCUGGCGAACGGAUUAGGCGAGCAGGGCAAGGCGCAGGCGAUAUUGGCUGGUGGGGAACGAGGUAGUGGUGGACUGGAUUGGUGA